AUGUCAGACACAACUCCGACACCCUCAAGAAGCACAACUCCCCCAACAGACCCGCCCAUUGACUCCGUCUCCGGCACUGAGAACGCCUUCCUCCGCCCCUCCCACCCGCUCGUCUCCGAUCUCGAGCAGGAAGUUCUGGACGAGUAUGCGCGGUUACUGGGGAAUGUGAACAAGCUCUCCGCCAAACUCUCCGAACUCGCGGGCUCCCCGACUACAAUCACGCUCGACGGACUGAGGCAGCUAGAGCGCAAGACGGCGACCGUUUGCACGCUGCUCAAGGCGAGUGUGUACAGUAUCCUGUUGCAGGAGCAGAUCGUCAAUGAAGGGGAAUGGCAGCAGCAGCAACAGCAGGAGGAAGAGGGGCAGGAGUAUGCGACUGGGACUAUGAAUGUGGGCGAGGAGGGGAUGUACAUGGGGGAGGGGGAUAUAAGUUAUCAACAGUAUUGA